UUUAGCUCUGAAAAUAUGUAUUUGCAUUAAUUUGAGUGUUUAUGUACUAGUCAGUGCAAGCACUUUUAUUUUGAGGUGCAAAAAAUAAUACGAUAUCAUAAAGGUCUCCAAUUAUGGCGUAUCUCUUUGAACAACUUUAUAUUAAUUACAAAAAACGUCCGUUUUUGGGCGAUCUCGUGGCACAUUUUAGCUCACUACCCUUAACGGAUGUUAAAGGUACCUACCCAGGUGACAUCGCCACGAGGUUUGUGUCGACAUUCGAGAUGAAGGAAGACCAAAUUAAGCCUGGAUUUUGCCAAGUCAAAACCAAUCAUAGCCGUUGCUUAGUUUUCAACAUCCCCAUGUCACAGACACAGAUAACAUAUGUAUACCAUGGUGGCAAUUGUAGUCGUGUGGAAAUAAAAUCUAUCACUACAAAGAAAAACACAUGCGAUGGAAAAGAUCAGCCAGUGUUAAAGCUCAGAGGUAAUCACACCUGCCUUUCACGUUCAACGCCUGAGUUCAAAUCCCGGCGAGAACAACCACCACCUCCUACUGAUGGCGACACUUAUAUGAUAUUUACCUCAUGUAAUCAGCCGUGGAAACUUCUCUACUUGAGUGGUUGGCCUGCGGUAAGAGGUUCGGACUCGGCAAUAAAGAGGCGGUCCCUUAUCAUUGAGUUCGAAUUUGUAUCGGAAAACUCAUUGAUACGAAUGAAAGAAAUGUUUAUGGGCAACAACCUUAAGACAAGUGGUUUACGUUUCGCCACGCCGCCGGCCUUGGGUAGCACACUUGGGGUAGCACAUAACACCGAAGCGAGGGACCUUAUUGCUUCCGAUAAUAUCCUCUGGUCCGGUUGGAUAACAGCUUCUACUGGUUUCCUAUUGGUUUUUGAUUUGCGAGCUUACGAGAUUUGCUGA